AAAAAAAUGGUGAUAGCAUCUAUCCAGGUAUAAAAGUGUAGUUUUUUUGCCUCUUAUCGUCAAAUUUGAUUCAUGAAAAAAUAAUUAAUAUGUAUCUUAAAUUUAAUAUAGUACUAACAAUCAUUAGAAAUGAAUUAAAAAUGAAUGGAUUAUGAAAAUUUUAAAAUAUUUUAUUUUUUGUCUCUUCAUUAAAAAUUUAUAACUUUUUAUUUAUGUUUGUGUAUGAAAAUAUUUAUUAUGAUGAAUAAUACUAUAUAAUAAUAUGCAUAAUGCAAAUUCUCAUUAUCGAAUAAUUUUUUAAUUUAUUUAAUAACUAUAAUUAUCAAUAUAUUUUGUAUAAAUUGAAAUUUAUACUUUUAAAUUCAGAAUUUUAUUGAGUAGUUGAUGUGAAUUAUUAUAUUAAAUAUAUUUUAUAUUUUUAGUUUUAAUUUUUAUUUAUUUAUUAAAAUUUUUCAUUUAAUUUUAAUGUCCGUCGUGCAUCACACGGAUGGACGUAUACUAGUUGAAUUGAAUCCAACAGUUUAUCGAAUGCUUCGAUAAAUAUUCUUCUUAUUCGUUUGGAUCAGCGAUAACUUAAGGUGGAAAAUUACAUAAUUCUGUAACUAUAAUUGAAUCAAACUUUUUAUGUUUAAGAAUUCGAUUAUGUUUUGUUUUCUUGUGUUAGUAGUGGUUGAACUAAUCUAAUCAAAUUAGUGAAAGCUCAUGAAUUUACUUACCUAAUUGAAUUUUAUAAAUAUACCUUGUAAAUUAAAUUAUUCAUGAUUCAAUUGACAAAAAUUAAUUAUGUUUCCUUCAAAAGAAAAAAUAACUUGCCAACACUCAAAGUAAAUCUAUUUACAAAAAUACACUCAUGAUUUUCAUUGAUAAAAGUUAGUGAUUUUCUUCCAACAAAUAGAUUCAAUUAAGUAGCUAAUGAGCUCCACAUUAAUUUGUAAUUUGAUUUGACGAACUGAAAUGAUUCUUUUAUGAAAAAUGAAAUAUCGAGUAAUUUGGGGCAAUGACACUUGUAUACGUUACACAAAAGGAGUAUUUUUCUUUUUUGUAGCUAAUGAGGUUUAUUUAUGAAAAAUCAAAUAUGGAGUAAGUUGACACAAUGACACUUGUAGGCUUAAUCCGAAACUGAAAGCAAGCUCUAAUCCUCCAAGACAAUAAUGUAAUUGCCCGCACUCAACUUCAAACCUAAAUUUCCAAAUUUGAUUGCAACAAAAUUCUCCUAAUAAAAAGAUUAAUCCAAAUUUUACAAAUCCCAAAAUAAGGUUUCGUGUUUCUCACCUGAAUUCUUUGUUUUUGCCGACUUCAUCAAGUCCGUUUCUCCUACCCUAGACUAGAGGGAAUCACCAAAUUGCUGCGAGGAAGAAGAGGCGAAUGGGUCAAUCAGCUUCAACGCCGAGGCCCACAUCCUCGCCGGUGUUGGAUGGAAAUCCUUGUAGCCUCACCCCCGACUCCGACGACGCCGUUUCUGGGUACGACUACACAUUGGAUCUCCCAGAUGAGUGCUUGGCUCUAAUUUUCCACUCACUCUCCGCCGGCGACCGGAAGCGCUCCUCCUUGGUGUGCCGCCGCUGGCUAACAAUCGAGGGCCAGAGCCGCCAUCGUCUCACGCUCGACGCGCAGUCCCUGCUGGCCGACGUCGUUCCGAAAUUGUUCUCUCGCUUCGACGCCGUCACCAAGUUGACCUUGAAAUGCGACCGUCGAUCCGUCAGCAUUGGCGACGACGCCUUGAUUCUGAUCUCGGUCAAGUGCCGGAAUCUCACCAGGAUGAAGCUCCGGACCUGCCGCGAGCUCACCGACGAUGGAGUGGCCGCUUUCGCGGAGAAUUGCAAGAAUUUACGCAAGUUCUCGUGCGGAUCUUGCAGCUUUGGGGCGAAAGGGGUGAACGCCCUGCUCGAGAAUUGCGAAUUUCUCGAGGAAUUGUCGGUGAAGCGGCUGCGUGGCAUUACCAAUGGAGCUGCCGCUGAGCAAAUUCGGCCGGGUAAGGCGGCGGCGGCGCUGAAAAUGAUCUGCCUGAAGGAUCUGUACAACGCGCAGUGCUUCGGGCAGCUGAUUGCCGCGGCGAAGAAUUUGAAGAUUUUGAAGCUGUUUAGGUGUUCCGGUGAUUGGGAUGAAUUGCUUGGAGUGAUUGCAGAUGGAGUCAUGGGGCUUGUGGAGGUUCAUUUCGAGAGGAUUCAGGUCGGUGACUUAGGGCUUUCCGCCAUUUCAAACUCUGCAAAUCUUGAAAUUCUGCAUUUGGUGAAAACUGCUGAGUGCACCAACAUAGGGCUUAUGACUGUCGCCGAGAAAUGCAAGUUGCUGAGGAAGCUCCGCAUUGAUGGAUGGCGAACAAAUAGGAUAAGCGACUACGGUUUAAUCGCCAUUGCUGUAAAUUGUCCUAAUCUACAGGAGUUGGUCUUAAUUGGUGUGAAUCCUACGCAUUUGAGCUUGGAUAAGUUGGCUACUAACUGUUUGAAUUUGGAAAGGUUGGCCUUGUGUGGCAGCGAAACCAUUGGUGAUGCCGAGAUUUCUUGCAUCGCUGCAAAAUGUGUUGCCCUAAAGAAGCUAUGCAUCAAGAGUUGCCCUGUUUCUGAUCAUGGCAUGGAAGCAUUGGCUGGAGGGUGUCCCAAUUUGGUGAAGGUGAAGGUGAGGAAGUGUCGGGGAGUGACAUCUGAGGGCGCGGAUUGGUUGAGGGCGAGCAGGGGCUCGCUUGCAGUGAAUUUGGAUGCUGUUGAGCCUGAGUUGCCGGAUGCAAUGGAGCAAGGAGUUGGUGGCGAUAACAAUCAAGCUGUGGUUGUUGUGGCUUCGAGCAGCGCUGGCCCUGGGAGGUCAGCCUCGUUUAAGAUGAGGCUUGGCUCCUUCACAGAGAGGAGCUUGGUGGCGUGCUCCAUCAGGAGGUGGCCGAGCUUUGUCAGCAGAUUCCGGAGUAAUUUGGGAAGAAACUAUGCAGAUUAGGAGUGAGCAAUGUGUAAAUUCUGUGUGCCAUUCAUGCCUUGUUUCAGUCAUUAUCAUCAACAUUUGUGAUUGCUUUUUCCCCUCUUGCUGCUAUGUUUAUUUAUCAACUGAAUACAGCUCUCAUAGCCAUUGGUUUCGUAGGAAAAUUAGAAGCUUUGAUUUCUUGUGAUACUUCAAUUAUGCUGAAUACUAUAGAGAUUCAACCUCAUUAAAACUUGUAUGUAUAUCUUUGUUAUUGCCAUUGGUUUUGGAUUCGGAUACUGAAAUUGUACCAAGUUUAGUAAUGUCGUGUUAAGACA